AUGGCCGCAUCAGAGGCAGUACAAGAGAGUUUGGUGAUGGACUACUCACAACCUAGUAAGCCUCGGGUCCUCCUUGCUGCUUCAGGAAGUGUAGCCGCUAUAAAAUUUGAGAACCUUUGUCGAAGUUUCUCUGAGUGGGCAGAUGUCCGAGCUGUGGCCACCACGUCAUCUUUGCACUUUGUUGAUAGAUCAUCUCUACCAAGUGACAUCGUUCUUUACACUGAUGAUGAUGAAUGGUCUACCUGGAAGAAGAUAGGAGAUGAAGUUUUACACAUUGAGCUGCGUAAAUGGGCAGAUAUCAUGGUGAUUGCUCCAUUAUCAGCAAAUACCCUAGCUAAGAUCGCCGGUGGGUUAUGCGACAACCUCUUGACAUGCAUCGUGAGAGCGUGGGACUACAGCAAACCACUCUUUGUUGCCCCAGCCAUGAACACAUUAAUGUGGAACAACCCAUUCACAGAGCGUCAUCUUGAGACGAUCAACCAACUGGGCAUAAUCUUGAUCCCCCCGGUUACCAAAAGAUUGGCUUGCGGUGAUUACGGGAAUGGUGCAAUGGCUGAAACCUCGCAGAUCUAUACUUCUGUGAGGCUUGCAUGCAAGACGCAACAUGAUUCGAGCAGUUCACUUGCGGUUCCUGUCAGUAAUAACCGCCCAUCAAGCUGA